ACGGGCCCUGGCCCUGCAGGGCCCGUGUGGCUACGCAGUAUGCCACAGAGUACCACGUCAGCAGACCCCCGGCCAGGUCUAUGCUCACGUGCUGGCAAACAGUCGUCAUGGACCAGAAGUCUGGGGAAACGGGCGUGGCCUAUCAUGCCCGGAUGCUGCUUCUGAUUACCAAAGCCAAGCAACGGUCGAAUGCAGUAGCAGCCGCAGCAAAGAAGAAGGCAGAGGACGCCGAGAAGGCACGUCUGUUGGCAAUCGAACAGCAGCGCCAGCAAGACGAGGCAGCAGCAAAGGGUGUCGAUGAAAAACGAAUUCAACGACGCGAGAACGCUGAGAAGAUAUUCAGCGGAGAGCGAGCUUUGCUCACAAUGGCAGCGGACUGGCGGGCCGAGGCCGAGAAUGAUAAGAUGCAAGAGAGUGAAAAUAAGAUCGCUCUACUCCUCUCCCAUCUCACGGACCUCCUGGCAACAUGCAUUACGCAGCAGGUGGACAUCCACAGCCUCGACGACGCGUUGUCUCAAGUACACAGCCGCCUCCACCAGCUGAAGCAGAGACCCGUCGCCGCCCCCGAUGCCAGCUCUUCCAACACCUCCGAUCGCCUCGAAGCAUUGGAGAUUGACGUCAGAUCCCUCAAGGACAACGUGCAGUUACAGCAAACCGCAAUGCAACAGUUGGAGCAGCGGAUCUGUACUGCCGCCACCCACUUGAGCUCAGAACCGCACGAGAUGACUCCAAGGUUCGAUGAUCAGGAGAUCUUCUGCGACUCGACAAAGACGGACCCGAUUCCAUGGUUUCGCAAGUUCGAGCUCAAGUUGCAGCUCCACCACGUCAGCGAACACAAGCACCAUGCGUACUUAUACUCCCGGUCGGGAGGUAUGUGCCAAGCAUGGUUGGACAAUCUCUUGUCCAAGUACGGAGUGGUGGCUGCCGACUUGCACACCAAGAUCAACUGGGAUGAUCUAAAGGCGGCGUGGCAUAAGCGGUUCCAAGUAGAGUCGUCGGAGAUCAAGGCAAUGGACAAGCUGAUGACCUUCGAACAAGGCACGUUGCUGAGUGUUGACUGGAUUGCCGAGUACCAAUCCUUGACAUCCGACCCAGACAUUCAAAUGGGCUUCAAGGUCGUCAAACACCACUUCAUCUUGAGGUCGUGUACGGCGUUGGGCAAUGCCUUGACUCACGAGGACACCCUAACGACAACGGCGGAGCUCUUCGACAAGGCCUCGCAGAUUAUUGUCACGAACAAGGAGGCCAAGAACCUCCGCCGUUCGUCUGCGACAGGCCCGAGCAGAGAUCAACAUCGGCCGAAAGUGGUCAUGGUCGCGGAGGCAACGCCAGACGACCAAACUAGUGAGGUCGUGUUUGCCAAUGAAGGGGACAGACUCACAGCCACCCAGGAUGGUGGCCGCCCCGGCAAAGGCCGAGGACGCGGCAAGGUAUUGGACCCGCUCACGUCCGAGGAUUUUGCAUGGCUUCCUCUCCCGACCACGGAUCGCUUGUCGGGGCCUCAAUGCGCAGCAUUAUGCGCUCACCUUCACACGUAUCUAUCCUUCUAUGCACCACCAACUUCGCCGACGGAUGACGAAGCUGCAGUGGGGGACAUCCUUGCGUAUGUUACCAAGGUGGCCCGCGAGUUUCGCAAGCUGCAGCGGUACAACAAUAACAACGCACCGUUCUUCUAUGUCCGCAUCCAAGUUGGGCAAGCGUCCUGCGGCGCUUUGCUGGAUAGCGGCGCGUCUCGCAACUUCAUGAGUCAAGCCUUUAUGCAAAGGGCUGGCCUUGGCACACAAGUUCGAAGGAAGGUAAACCCGAUGACGAUAGAGUUGGCGGACGGAAGGACACAACAUCUUAUCGACCUCUACAUCGAGGCCGUACCGGCGUAUUUCGCACUUCAUGCAUGUGAACCGGUGACGUUCGACAUUUUGGACACGGACUUCGACAUUAUUUUGGGAAUGCCUUGGCUUGCAAGUGUGGAUCACACGGUCAACUUCCACCAGCGGACUCUUACCGUUCGCGGCGCUUUCGAUGCCGAAGUGUCGUAAGAGUUCCUCGCCUUCGUCAACUUGCUCAAGCGGUGGCGGCACUUCCUCCUUGGUCAAAGUCAAUUCCAAUGGGUAACGGACAAAAAUCCGUUCGUCUUUUACAAGACCCUAGACACUGUCAACAGCACCAUCGUCCGAUGGAUGACUUUCAUCGACCAGUUCGACUUCAUUCCCGAUCACAUUCCAGGGAAGUCAAACCGUUUUGUGGAUGCUCUUUUACGGCGUCUGGAUCAUUGUACCACGGUCUAUUCAACCUUCGAGAUCGACGACGAUCUGCGGGACAGCUUCAUCCGCGGUUAUCAAGCCAACCCCGAGUUUCGCGACAAGUACGGGAAUUGCUCCUCUCCUAAUCCGGCGCCUUCUCACUACCGGAUCCAGGAGGGUUACUUGCUUGUCUACACGGGGGGGAAGGACCUUCUUUGCGUACCGAGUAACUCUCACUUGCGUACACAACUUCUUGGCGAGUUCCACGAUGCUCCCGCCACCGGACACUUUGGCGUCAAUCGCACGAUUGGCCAAAUUCGUGAGCGAUUUUUGUGGUCCGGCCUUCUCGGCGACGUCACAGGCUAUUGCGAGUCAUGCGAGGUUUGCCAACACUGCAAAUCCCGCAACCAUCGUCCGUACGACGAGUUGCGAUCGUUACCGGUCCCUUUGCGCCGAAGGGAAGCGAUUGUCAUGGACAUUACCGGGCCGUUCCCCAAGCACAAGACCGGUGUGGAUGGGAUUCUCACAGUGGUGGACCGACUCACCAAGUUCGCUAUGUUUUUGCCUUGCCGCUAUCAUGCCAAGGCAUCGGAGUUGGCCGAGGUUCUUUACGCCGGCUGGAUUCGAACCAAGGGUUACCCCAAGGAAAUCAUCUGCGACCUCGACACUCGGUUCAUGUCUGAUUUUUUGUUGGCGCUCAUCAAGCGAUGAGGCUCAUCUCUCGAGCCAAGUUCGGCUCGCCACCCCCAAACCGAUGGCUAAACGGAA